CGCCACCCAGAAUGGAGUUCGACGCAGACGGUGGUUCGAAGGCGGCUUGAAGCCAAGCGCCAGGCUUUCAGUUUAAUGACCGUCAAGGAACAGUCCCCGAGGGAAAGAGCUGGACAUCAAAGGUGGAGGAGUUGCGACUGGGUAUCUCGGACAGAAUAUCACAUCAGAUCUACACCCCACUCAGCUCCCCAGCACCUGAAUAUCAUCGGCCUGUGAACGUGGAAGGAGAGAUGCUGGUUUGUUUCACUUCAGACCCCAGGCAGUGAGGGCUGUUUCAGGCCACCGAUCGUGACAUAGCUGGGGAGACGAUGUCCUCAGCGGCGAUGAGAGAAUCUGCUGACGUGAGGUCAGGAACCAGUUACAGAGAAACCGUGUAACUUCUUCCAGCCUGUGAAGGAGCGGGCAGUGAUCACUCCAGUGCAGAUUGGGAAAGGAACACCCACUGCAACGAGAGACCGUGUGUGACACGCUGGGGGAGGUGAGCUGACCUGAUCUGUGACCGAGAACGUGUUCACCACGUCCUUGUUUCUGCACCAGUGAAACAUUCAUUCUUUUGACUGAGUUAAACUUGAUUCAUUUCCCUGAGAAUAUUCAAAUGUUCCACCUGUUUCCUUUGAGGAAAGCAGAAAAUUCUGUCAUCUUCUUACUGAUCACUGAGGUUGUGGAGGAAUGUUAUCACCUGCUUCAGGCGCGUGAUAGGGACUUGCUCAGUCAUCUGACCUGAUGAGACGCUGGCAAAUUGGCACUGGGGAGAGGACGUUCACCAUCUCUUGAUUCGCUCAGUCGUCGACCUGGUGACACCAUUGGUUUUUACACUGAGGAGAAGCCGUUCUGCUCUCCAUGGGUGGGGGUGGGAGGCUUCAUUCAGUCAUCCAACCUCCUGAUACAUCCGACCGCGAUAAGGACUUCAAGUGAAUCAGCAACCCGAUGAGCUGCCAGAGAAUUCCUGCGGGGGAGAUGCCGUUUACCUGCCCUGACUGCGGGAAGGGUUUCAAGAAUUCCUUCAGACUGCAGUCACACCAGCGAGUCCACACCGGGGAGCAGGCGUUCAUCUGCUCCGAGUGCGGGAAGGGGUUCACUCAGUCGUCCAGCCUACUGAUACACCAGCAAAUUCACACCCGGGAGAGACCAUUCACCUGCUCGGAGUGCGGGAAGGGAUUCACCCGCUCAUCCAACCUGUUGGCUCACCAGCGGGUUCACAACGGGGAGAGGCCGUUCACCUGCUCUUGCUGCGGGAAGGGGUUCAAGCACUCCUUCAGUCUGCAGAGACACGAGCGACUCCACACCGGGCAGUGGUCAUUCAUCUGCUCUCACUGCGGGAAGGGGUUCAAGCACUCCUUCAGCCUGCAGAGACACCAGCGAGUCCACACCGGGGAGCGGCCGUUCAUCUGCUCCCAGUGCGGGAAGGGAUUCGCUCAGUCAUCUAACCUUCAGACACACCAACGAAUCCAUACCGGGGAGAGGCCGUUCAGCUGCCGACAGUGUGGGAAGGGCUUCACUCAGUCGUCCCACCUGCUGAUACACCAGCGGGCUCACACUGGGGAGCGGCCGUUCACCUGCUCCGAGUGCGGGAAGGGGUUCACUCAAUCCUCCGACCUUCGGAGGCACCAGCGCAUUCACACCGGAGAGCAGCCAUUCGUCUGCUCCGAGUGCGGGAAGGGAUUCACUCAGUCGUACGACCUUCGGACGCACCAACGAAUUCACACCGGGGAGCAGCCGUUCACCUGCCGCCAUUGUGGCAAGGGAUUCACUCAGUCGUCACAGCUCGUGAUACACCAGCGGGUUCACACCAGGGAGAGACUGUUCACCUGCUCGGAGUGCGGGAAGGAAUUCGCUCAGUCAUCCAGCCUACUGAUACACCAGCAAAUUCACACUCAGGAGAGACUGUUCACCUGCUUUGAGUGUGGGAAGGGGUUCACCCGAUCAUCUAACCUGCUGGCUCACCAGCGAGUUCACACUGGGGAGAGGCCGUUCACCUGCUCUGAGUGCGGGAAGGGCUUCACUCAGUCAUCCAAGCUUCUGAUGCAUCAGCGAAUUCACACCGGGGAGAGGCCGUUCAUCUGCUCUGAGUGCGGGAAGGGGUUCACUAGGUCUUACGACCUUCAGAUGCACCAAGGAAUUCACACCGGGGAGUGGCCCUUCACCUGCUCCGAGUGCGGGAAGGGGUACGUUCGAUCAUCCGAGCUUCUGACACACCAGCGAGUUCACACCGGUGAGAGACCCUUCACCUGCACCGAGUGUGGGAAGGGAUUCACUAGGUCUUACGACCUUCAGAUGCACCAAGGAAUUCACACUGGAGAGUGGCCCUUCACCUGCUCCGAGUGCGGGAAGGGGUUCACCCGGUCGUCUGACCUUCUGAGGCACCAACUAAUUCACACCGGGGAGAGGCCGUUCACCUGCCCUGAAUGUGGGAAGAACUUCGCUCGGUCGUCUCACCUGUCGAAACACCGACAAACUCACACAAAAGGGAAAGUUUAAGUGUGCAGUUUGUGUGUGGGGCGUUAAAACACGGCAGCUUCUGACACAUCGACGCUGUUCGACCCGCUGAGCUCUUCCAGUGUCCUGUUUUGUGGUUCCAGGGUUCCAGAAUCUGGUUCACCAGAGCCAAGGACUGGCAGGGUGUUGGCAACGGGGAGGAUUGAUCCAAACAUGCCAAGAUCAGCCAGGGUUGCUCACCCCACCGGAAUCUGUGCACCGCCAUCCUUUGGACGUGGAUGAAAGCAGCGUCAGUCGCAGCGGAAGAAACUGUCCUCGGGUUUCGACGAGCGUCUGCACUGCCAAAACCCCAGAGCCAGCACAACGAUGGAAGUGUGGGAAAUCCUUUUACCCAUCCCAUCUGGAAAGUCAUCACUGCAGUCCAACUGGGGAAAGGUGUAGCCAUGGGCAUCCAUAUGGGUCCCAGCUAUACCUGCCAUUUUAUUGGCUUUGUGGAACAAUCCAUGUUGCAAGCCUAUACUGGUAUUUGUCCCCCACUUUUCCUUCGCCACAUCGACGAUUGCAUUGGCGCUGCUUCCUGCACGCACGCUGAGCUCGUUGACUUUAUUAACUUUGCCUCCAACUUUCACCCUGCCCUCAAGUUUACCUGGUCCGUUUCCGACACCUCCCUCCCCUUUCUAGAUCUUUCUGUCUCUAUCUCUGGAGACAGCUUAUCUACUGAUGCCUACUAUAAGCCUACUGACUCUCACAGCUAUCUGGACUAUUCCUCUUCUCACCCUGUCUCUUGCAAAAACGCCAUCCCCUUCUCGCAAUUCCUCCGUCUCCGCCGCAUCUGCUCUCAGGAUGAGGCUUUUCAUUCCAGGACGAAGAGAUGUCCAUAAAAGUUGCUGGUGAACGCAGCAGGCCAGGCAGCAUCUCUAGGAAGAGGUACAGUCGAU